UUGUUAAUGAUGAUGAUGAAGAAUUUGUGAUCAAAACACAAAAACUUACUAUUAAUGGUCAAGGAUUUAUGAUACAACAACUACAAUCACAAUCACAAGGAUCAUCAUUAUCGAUUGAAAAUUAUUUUACAAAAAUUAUUGAUAAUCUUUAUUUAACAUCAGCUAAAUAUAUGAUUGAUGAUUAUCUAUUAAAUUAUAAUAUUACACAUAUUGUUAAUGCAACACGUACAGUACCAUUAAAACGUAAUUAUCGUACUUAUCGUGUUAAUAUUGUUGAUUCAACAUAUGAAAAUAUUGGUGCACAUUUUGAUUCGGUUAGUGAAUUUAUACAAAAUGCAAUCGAAAAUGAAAAUGGUAUCGUUGUUGUACAUUGUAUUUCGGGUAUUAGUCGUUCAUCAACAUUAAUUAUUGCCUAUCUAAUGAAAUAUAAAAACAUGUCGUUAAAAGAUGCAUUUGAUUUUGUUCGUUCAAAACGUUGGUUUAUUCGACCAAAUACCGGAUUCUUUCAGCAAUUAAUCGAUUAUGAAUUAAAAUUAUAUGGAACAAAUACAGUAAAAAUGAUUUAUCAUGAAACCGGUGGUUAUAUACCUGAUUUUAUACUUGAAGAAAAUACAAAAUAUAAAUAUUUUUAUCUUUGUAUUAAAAAAUGAUAUUCAAACAAAACAUUCAAACGAAUUCUACAUUCUACCUUAGCCUGAUUCUGUCACUCAUGCAUACACACGAAUUCAUUUGUUUGCCUA